AGAGGGAGGGAAGCUCUGUGCCCACAGAGGCAGGACAACACCAACCAGGAGCCUUCAGGAGAAGAGGCUGGGUGAAAAAAGCACUGAGGUUUUCUUUUCCUUUUUUUUUUUUCUAUUUUGCCUGAAGGGAGUGCCGCUUCCUGGGCUAGAAACAAGCACCAGCCUGCAGUGGAGAACGCGGGGCCCCACUGCCCAGAAGGAGCGGCCACGGCCUGCGGAGGACUGGCCCAGGAAGGUCCCAGGUCUUCCCUUGCCUCAGCGCCUAAGAGAGCGGUCCAGAGCGGGUGAGGAGUCUCGAGGAACAGGCGGAAGGCGCCGGAAGUCAAGACAGGUUUUCACCAUGUUGGCCAGGCUGGUCUCAAACUCUGACCUCAGGUGAUCCACCUGCCUCGGCCUCCCAGAGUGCUAGGAUUACAGGCAUGAGCCACCAUGCCCAGCCCAGGCACCAUGUUCCGCAAGAAAAAGAAGAAACGCCCUGAGAUCUCAGCCCCACAGAACUUCCAGCACCGUGUCCACACCUCCUUCGACCCCAAAGAAGGCAAGUUUGUGGGCCUUCCCCCACAAUGGCAGAACAUCCUGGACACACUGCGGCGCCCCAAGCCCGUGGUGGACCCUUCGCGAAUCACACGGGUGCAGCUCCAGCCCAUGAAGACAGUGGUGCGGGGCAGCGCGGUGCCGGUGGAUGGCUACAUCUCGGGGCUGCUCAACGACAUCCAGAAGUUGUCGGUCAUCAGCUCCAACACCCUGCGCGGCCGCAGUCCCACCAGCCGGCGGCGGGCACAGUCCCUGGGGCUGCUGGGGGAUGAGCACUGGGCCACCGACCCAGACAUGUACCUCCAGAGUCCCCAGUCUGAGCGCACUGACCCCCACGGCCUCUACCUCAGCUGCAACGGGGGCACACCAGCAGGCCACAAGCAGAUGCCGUGGCCCGAGCCACAGAGCCCACGGGUCCUGCCCAAUGGGCUGGCUGCAAAGGCACAGUCCCUGGGCCCCGCCGAAUUUCAGGGUGCCUCACAGCGCUGUCUGCAGCUGGGUGCUUGCCUGCAGAGCUCCCCACCAGGAGCCUCACCCCCCACAACCACUGGUAGGCGUGGAAUGAAGGCUGCCAAGCAUGGCUCUGAGGAGGCCCGGCCACAGUCCUGCCUGGUGGGCUCAGCCACAGGCAGGCCAGGUGGGGAAGGCAGCCCUAGCCCUAAGACCCAGGAGAGCAGCCUGAAGCGUAGGCUAUUCCGAAGCAUGUUCCUGUCCACUGCUGCCACGGCCCCUCCAAGCAGCAGCAAGCCAGGCCCUCCACCACAGAACAAGCCCAACUCCUCUUUCCGACCGCCACAGAAAGACAACCCUCCAAGCCUGGUGGCCAAGGCCCAGUCCUUGCCCUCGGACCAGCCGGUGGGGACCUUCAGCCCUCUGACCACUUCGGAUACCAGCAGCCCCCAGAAGUCCCUCCGCACAGCCCCGGCCGCAGGCCCGCUUCCAGGCCGGUCUUCCCCAGCAGGUUCCCCCCGCACCUGGCACGCCCAGAUCAGCACCAGCAACCUGUACCUGCCCCAGGACCCCACGGUUGCCAAGGGCACUCUGGCUGGUGAGGACACAGGUGUUGUGACACAUGAGCAGUUCAAGGCUGCACUCAGGAUGGUGGUAGACCAGGGUGACCCCCGGCUGUUGCUGGACAGCUACGUGAAGAUUGGCGAGGGCUCCACCGGCAUCGUCUGUUUGGCCCGGGAGAAGCACUCGGGCCGCCAGGUGGCCGUCAAGAUGAUGGACCUCAGGAAGCAGCAGCGCAGGGAGCUGCUCUUCAACGAGGUGGUGAUCAUGCGGGACUACCAGCACUUCAACGUGGUGGAGAUGUACAAGAGCUACCUAGUGGGCGAGGAGCUGUGGGUGCUCAUGGAGUUCCUGCAGGGCGGAGCCCUCACAGACAUCGUCUCCCAAGUCAGGCUGAAUGAAGAGCAGAUCGCCACUGUGUGUGAGGCUGUGCUGCAGGCCCUGGCUUACCUGCAUGCCCAGGGUGUCAUCCACCGGGACAUCAAGAGUGACUCCAUCCUGCUGACCCUGGAUGGCAGGGUGAAGCUCUCGGACUUCGGAUUCUGUGCCCAGAUCAGCAAAGACGUCCCUAAGAGGAAGUCCCUGGUGGGAACCCCCUACUGGAUGGCUCCUGAAGUGAUCUCCAGGUCUUUGUAUGCCACUGAGGUGGAUAUCUGGUCUCUGGGCAUCAUGGUGAUUGAGAUGGUGGAUGGGGAGCCACCCUACUUCAGUGACUCCCCAGUGCAAGCCAUGAAGAGGCUCCGGGACAGCCCCCCGCCCAAGCUGAAAAACUCUCACAAGGUCUCCCCAGUGCUGCGAGACUUCCUGGAGCGGAUGCUGGUGCGGGACCCCCAAGAGAGAGCCACAGCCCAGGAGCUCCUAGACCACCCCUUCCUGCUGCAGACAGGGCUACCCGAGUGCCUGGUGCCCCUGAUCCAGCUCUACCGCAAGCAGACCUCCACCUGCUGAGCCCACCCUGAAACCCUAUCUGGGAGAGAAGGCGAACCACCUCCGGGUUUCCAUCACGUCAAGGUCACAGGCACCCAUUUGUGCAAACCAUCUGCCCCGGCUGCCUCCACAGACAGCUGUCUCCUUGUCCUCCUCGGCCCCGCCCCACUUCAGGGCUGCUGUGAGAUGGAAUUCCAGGAAAGAACUUCAGGUGUCUGGACCCUUUCUAUUUAGAUAAUAUUUUUAGAUUCUUCUGCUCCCUAGUGACCUACAUGGGGGCAAAGAAAUUGCAAGGACUUUUUUUUAAGGGUCAGAGUUUUCAAAACAAAAGCAUCUUCCCUAGAAAUUUUUGUGAAUUGUUUGCACUUGUGCCUGUUUUAAAUUAAAUUGAGUGUUCAAAGCCA